GGUAGUGUGUGGUUUUGGACGUUACCAUAAACGCACCGUGAAAGGGCGGAGCUCUUCUGCUCACCUGAGGGAACUACACUGAGGAAACAAGUAACGGCUGAAGUCCAGGAAGUAAACCACAUUUUCAAGGGGAAAGGAUUUGGCAUCAGUGGCGAGACGUUAAGGUUUUACUCGAGUAUCCUGUCCCAUGCGGAAGGGAGAAGUCAUGGGUCUGUUGGGUGACAUAGUAUUUGUGUUUGGACUGUUUCAGUCGGUGUGGAUAAGCUCGGUCUCAGGUGGUCCAGCACUUACCAUAAAUCUUCAAAGUGAUUCUACCAUACAUAUAAAUAGGAGUACAGCUUCACAGAUAAAAUGUGAAGUUUGUAUUGGAAAUAGAUGCCAGUUCACUAUGACCCUCAGUAGAAGCAUGGAAGUGGUCUUCACAUGUUCAAAACCAGAAGAUGUCUUCAUGGUGGAGAUUGUUAGACAGAUUGUAUGCACCACUACAUGUAAUGGAAUGAUCACUCCAGAGGACAUCCCAUCUCUUCAGAACUUUAACCGCACCUUUAGCUGGAAUGUGAAAGUCCAGGGCCACAAGGCUUACUGCUUGGACUUUACCAGAACAGGAUUAAGGCAGAUCCAACCUACAGAGCACUGUCAAGACAAACACAUCUACUCAGUGUCUAUAGGCGCAGUCACAGUUGGGAAGUUUUGCCAUCAGGGUAUCAUCAAAAGCAUGCAAGUGCUUCAGGAAGGAAGAGUUACUUUGCAGGUGCCUGGAAAACAACAGCUGAAUACAGUGAGCUUUGGCAUAACAAUAGGACCGGAAAUAACAUCUUCUGCGAUUAUCAACGUUACCCUGCCAGAGGAACCAUGGUCCCAGGAUUUCUUUUCACCAAACUACCCAGAGAGCUUUCCUGAUGACGAUUUAAUCACAUGGGCCUUCCAAGUUCCAUACAAAUACUAUUCAACGGUGCAUAUUCUGAACUACACCAUUCCCAGGUGUAAACUAAAGGAUGUACGAUUGGAGUACCAGCUAUUUUCCAAGAUCAUGGUGAAAAAACUGAGUGAGCCACAGCUAUCUGAGCACCAGGGCUCCUUCGAUCUUUCACUGCAUAACUGCCAUGUAGACACACAAUCCUCCACCAAUCUCACCCUGCAUUUCAAUAUCUCUUCCACCCGGAGAGGCAGUGAAGUGCAUUGUACUGUGGAUCUGAAGUUGGAAAAGGGGCUAGUGAUACACAUCAUGAAAAAAAAAACCCAAUCAGACUGCAAUUUGAAACUGAAUUCACUGGCCCAGGAGACAGCCACCAUCACUUCACCAAAGGUCUCCCAUGUAUCUUUCAUUGACUGCAAAGAGGAGGACCUGCUCAUCACUAUAAACAAAACUAUAACAUGUCAGCAGUUCAGAGACUGCCCAUCCUCUGAAACUCUAAGGGUGCCUGCACUAGACAAAUGCAUUGUGGGAGUUGUGCAAGAGGUCCGAUGGUUCCUGAAUGGCCCACAGCAUGGCACAGUGGAGCUGGUGUCAUCAGAAGGCAGCCUGCAGCAAUCUCUGCCUGGGCAUUUAUGCAAAGACACUGUUCUUCUCAGUGUGUCAGAAAAUGAGCCCCAGGGCGUCACUGUCGGGCAGUUUUGUCCUCAGGGAGCGAUUCACAAAAUGCAAAUCAAUGUUACAAACAUUACAGUGAGCGCUUCUUCCACAGGUGGCAAGAAUUUAAGGCAGAUCACCAACUCCCUCUUAAAAGUUUCAUUUACUAAAGCUAUAAAAGAGAGCUAUAUUUUCACUGUCUUGCCAAAAAAGGAUAUACCAGUACUCUUAGGUACUCCAUCGUGGCCUUUGGGAAUGAAGUCAUAUACGACUGUCUCUUGGUCCAUCUUAUUUCCUGCACAGCUCGAGGCUUAUGUGAGCUUUCCCAGUGUUAGCCAGCUCACAUGUAAAAAUCGCCCGGCAUACAUUAAAUUGCACAGGCAGCAAUCACAUGACAAGAUGUACAGCUGGCAAGAUCAAAAUCCUAAGGAUGUGGUGGUAUCACAGAAUUUUUACCUCAACAUGUCAAACUGUUUACCAGUGAAAGGAGCCUUCAGUGUGGUCAGCCAGAUCACCUUGCACUUGGGCAAAAGCGUGCUUUUGAGCAUCAUCCUGAGUGUUGUGGGUGUUGUUUUACUGCUGAUGGUCAUAAUUUUAGCUGUAUGUUGUAUUUUAAGAAAAAAGAAGAAGCAGAAAGCUCCUGAGGUCUCAGUCUACAAUCCCAGUAGGCAUCCCUUCCUGCCAGGCCUUCACGGGAUUCCCCAGGAAACAGAGGAUGAAGAUUUUCAUAUUUAUCAUUAUAUAAUUGACGACCAGGUAAAUGGGCAUCUUGAUAAAGACACUGUAGAAAUGAACGAGGCUGUGAGCGUGUACAGGGAGUUCACUGGACCGACAGAGCAGCAGCCAUUAACAGAGAAGCUAGAAGCCGAGGAGCCAGAAGUCGGGGUCUACAGGCCUUUCACAGGGUCCCAGAGUGCACCAGAUGUGCCUGUUACACUUGUAAGGUCAGUAGAAAAUCUGGCAUUUAAAGACAAGCAGAAAACUGAUGUGGAAAUCAGUGCAGUUGACUCUUUUCACGAGCAGAAAACCGUACCAAACAUACAGGAAAACAUACCGAAAAUAAAGCCAGAGAAGGCUUAAUAAGGCCUCAGGGAGAGUUUACAGUUAAAACGUGUAAUGAACUGGAAGCUAACAUAAUAGAGAAUUAUAUUUUUUUAAAUGUCUUUUUUUUGGUGGAUUCAUUUACUACUAAGUUACCUGUUCUACAUUUUGAAAUAUAUCAUUGCUUCCUGUUAAUAGCACAAAAUGCUUGUUUACUUUGGAAUACAAAGUAAAUAUAAAAACAUCUCAGAAUAUAGCAGUACUUUUUUGUGAGCUACUACACUGUUUUUAUUUCAGAAUUAACAUUUUCAUUUUUGUACUACAUAUUAGAAUGUGUUGAGUGUGGUAGUGACAUUAUCACCAUAAAAAUAUAAAUAAAUAAAUAAUUAAAAAAAAAAGUUUUUUUUGUUGUGUAAAAGGCAUAGCCAGUGUAUACUUGUUGCUACAUUAGCUUGUAUGUAUAAAACAUUGCUUUUAUAGAUCAAAAAUGCUCCAGUCAUGUAAGUUACAUAAAUAAGAACAUUUAUUUUAAUGUUCAGAUGAUGUCAGUAUUGUUCCAGAUCAUUCACACAUCUGGCUUAUUAUGUUGUAAAGUCCUCUGGAAGCAGCAAUAGCCAUAUUAUGCAACAAAUAAUAAAAUAUCUGUUUUAUUGAA